UGAUAGCCAAAUCAAGUAAUCAACCACUCGUCCUUUUGAGAGAGAGAGAGAGACGAACAGACACCUUCCAUGGAGUCUCCGUUCAAGCCGGAGUUGCUGAAGGGGAAGGUGGCUUUGAUAACCGGAGGAGGGUCAGGGAUUGGCUUCGAGAUCUCCACCCAGUUCGGGAGACAUGAAGCCGCCGUCGCCAUCAUGGGCCGCCGGCGCAACGUCCUCGACGCUGCCGUCGCCGCCCUCCAAUCGGAGGGGAUUCAGGCAAUUGGGCUUGAGGGAGAUGUUCGUAAGCGGGAGGAUGCAACCAGGGUAAUUGAAACCACAGUUAGACAUUUUGGAAAGCUUGAUAUUCUUGUUAAUGGGGCGGCAGGCAAUUUUCUUGCAUCACCAGAGGAUUUAUCACCAAAUGGGUUCCGAACAGUGCUGGACAUUGAUUCUGUUGGCACUUAUACAAUGUGUCAUGAAGCGCUGAAGUAUCUAAAAAGAGGAGGACCUGGAAAAGAUCCUUCUACUGGUGGCCUUAUUCUGAACAUAAGUGCAACUCUGCACUAUACGGCAUCUUGGUACCAAAUUCAUGUGUCUGCAGCCAAGGCAGCAGUUGAUAGUAUUACAAGGUCCUUGGCCCUAGAAUGGGGUACUGAUUAUGAUAUAAGGGUCAACGGGAUUGCACCAGGACCAAUAGAAGGCACUCCUGGACUAAGAAAGCUUUCCCCAGAAGAGAUGACAUCUAAAACACGAGAAUACAUGCCUCUAUUUAAAUUUGGAGAGAAAUGGGAUAUAGCGAUGGCUGCUCUGUACCUGGCUUCUGAUGCAGGUAAAUAUGUUAAUGGAACUACUAUGGUUGUUGAUGGAGGCCUCUGGCUAAGCCACCCUCGGCACAUCCCGAAGGAGGAAGUUAAAGAGCUAUCAAGGGUCGUAGAGAAGAAGUCAAGGACAUCACGUGUUGGUGUUCCAACCAGCAAGCUUUGAUGCCAUAUCAUUCUAUGACAUUAUUUUAUACUUGUUCUCACGAAUUGUUUCACAUAAAAUGGCUGUUAGAGAGUGCUUUCCAUAUCAAUAUCAUCAUUGAAGAGAAGGAUCUUUUGCUUUAGACUUUAUCGGAUAUAUCACGUAAAAGGAUGUCAACUCUAAGUUAAAUGAACUUUCUCAUUUUUAUCUUUAUUUUUUUA